UUAUCGCGUGGAAAUGUUUUCUUUUCUUCCAUUCUUCUAUUAUGAUUACCAGUCAGCGUUAGUGAUUGACGGCGUUCAUAUAGGAUACCUUUAGCUCACAGUGAAAGAUGGAUCUAGCCGGAGUGGGCGUUCAAUCACUCUUGUCUUUUACUUUAAUUUUCACGAUUUGUCUCAGUUUUUCCAACGCUGACACCGUCAUUGACACCUCACUGAGCGCGGAUUUGACGUUACGACGUAGUGAUCAACCGUUCUACGUCAAUUCUUCGAUUAUCGUUCCCCCGGGCAUCACGCUUACGGUAGAGCCUGGCGUGACUGUUACGUUUGACCCUGGGGUGACCUUGAGUGUCCGGGGAAGACUGGUAGCCAGAGGGCAGUCUGGUCAACGAAUUCGUUUCACCGCCGCUGAUACACCCAAUAUUCCAGCACACCGCGACAGCACACCCAUUUGGUUUGACGGCGUUCGCCUUGCGGGAGACUUCACCUCAAGUCACGUAGGGCGUUUAGAGCUUUUGUUCGGAGGAAGCUACGGCACUGUUUGUCAGGAUGGCUGGCCAUGGUACUGGUACCGCUCCUACUACAACACCAGAGUUGCUGCUAGGAUGCUGGGAUACAAAACUUGUACCAGAGUAAAUAACAGAGGCGGUGGUACUGGGAAUAUUCUACUCAAUAACGUGAGAUGUAAUGGACACGAGGACUCUCUAUGGGACUGCCGUCAUGAUGGGGUCCGUGUACACAACUGCCUUCACAGUCAAGAUGUGUGGCUGCAGUGCUCAGGUUACACUGGUUAUCGUGGGAAUCCCAACGAAACAGCCAAGUACUGGUCUGGGAUAGAGCUGGUGACUAACACCUCCGUGCCAGGAGUAAGUGAUCUUCAAUAUGUAGACAUCGAAUUCGCAGGUCUUCCUAACAUCGGGACACACUCCAAUGAUGCAGCAGCCAUAUCUGUUACUGGAAUCCCGCCUGUGCUUGAUAACCUCAAUAUUACAAAUGUAAUCGGUAAUGGCGUUCUACUCAGAGAUAUAGCUGGGCAUGCGAUAAUCAACAAUAGUUACUUCGACAGUUUGAGCAACGGGGUUUCGUUCAGAAGCUUUGGUGGUGACCUAGCAAUGAACAAUGUUCAGAUAUCUAAUGUCAACAAGGCAGGAGUAUAUUACAACCGGACACUACCACUUCCUUCCUAUAAGAUGUGCCUCACGCCGGAAACAACGGUUCCUGAUGGAGAACCGCUCAUAGUCAGCUUUGACAGUACGGACCUUCAUCUGGGGUUACAGACGUCGUGCUCUCAG